AUGGAGGACAGGAUCCAAUUUGACAUCAACGAAUCCCUCAAAUAUUAUCUGAGUGACCCAACCUCUCUCCCCACACCCGAUGCCGACCCGGAACUGGUAGACUGCGAAGCCGACCCCGACAACCUGUCGACUACUUUGAUUGACAAUGUCUUGAAUUCAAUUGUGGAUAGUAUAGCUGAAAGCCCUGAAGGGUUGGCCCGACCAUCCUUCUUUGAUUCUAUGCAGUUCCUUUUAAAGUGCGCCCAGGCCCAUAACCAGUUUCCUGAAACUUCAGGCCCCUAUGGAUUAGAUUCUAAUAUUGUGAAUUCCGGUAGAUACUCCUCUUUUCUUCCCACGAAGUCUCUUAGUAAGCUCCUCGAUUUGAUUGUGUCUGGAUUGUCUGUCGAAGCGGACAUCAUCCACGGCGACCUUGAAUCCGACGAACAAGAUAACAUCCAGCAUCAUAAACAGCUCCUGGAGAUGUAUGGCUUUCUACUACAGUGGGCACUUUCAACAGUGGAAGUUAAGGCAGCUGAAAAGCCCGCAGAAGUCGCACCUACUCGGAGAGGUGCAGGGAAGUCGGCCAGGUCCAAAGCCAGCCCCAAAGAUGGAAACUGGGACUGGACAGCUCAGGUCCAAAUAUCUAUGGAAACUAUGUGCAAGGUUAUGAAACUUAAGCUCACCAGGAUUUUUUUAACCACGUCAGACCGUGACACUUUUAUUAAUAUGUUUACGCGCUCGAUUUAUCUCAUACUGGAGAGUGAGCAGCGGGUAAAGAAUAUGGCGAUCCGGAUGCAUGCAUUCAAAGUCCUCUGUAUUGCAGUGAAGCAUCAUGGUCACGCUUUUGGUGCUCAGACGUCCAUUGUACAGAGUUUAACAUAUUUUGAGCACCUGUCUGAACCUAUGGCCGAGUUUCUACACAUUCUUGCAGAGCAAUAUGACUACCCACAACUUUCAGAUGAGAUACUGAAGGAAUUGGGGAACAAAGAGUUUAACUCUAAUGAUACCAGAGGGCCUAAAUCAGUGUCCGCGUUUAUUGUGAAGCUUUCGGAACUUGCCCCACGACUGAUAAUAAAGCAAAUGACUCUCCUGGCAAAACAAUUAGAUAGUGAAUCCUAUACCCUUCGGUGUGCUGUCAUCGAAGUUUGCGGGAAUCUAAUCUCUGAUCUCAGUCGACAAGAGGAGCGAAGCGACAAUUAUAAGACGCAAAUAAAUGCGUUCUUCGAUGUGCUUGAGGAGCGUUUCCUGGAUAUAAACCCCUAUUGCCGGUGUCGAGCUAUCCAGGUAUAUAUGCGGAUUUGUGAUUUGGAACAAAAGUUUCCCAAGAGACGGCAGGCUGUUUCAGAGCUAGCGGCAAGGAGUCUCGAAGACAGGAGCAGCAAUGUGCGGCGAAAUGCGAUUAAACUAUUGGCUAAACUGGUAUCCACGCACCCUUUUAGUAUCAUGCAUGGUGGCCAGUUGUCACAAAAGGAGUGGAUGGCCAGACUUGACGCUGUUGACGUCGAACUAAAUGAACUAAGACCACCAGAGACUCCCGGUUUUGAGGGUGGAGAAGCCUCGCAUGUUGACAGCGAAUUAUUAGACGAUGCCACACAGAUGCCCGAUGAUUCUCCGUCCAAAGCACCACGCAUGACGGACGAAGAGAAGGCCGCGGCAGUGAAAAAGGCGGCAGAACAAGCCGCAACCUCAGAAUUGCUUACGCGUCUUCAGCUAACAAGGAAGUACUAUAUUGAAGCUAUUCGAUUCAUUGAGGUCCUCCACUCAGGUUCUAAGGUCGUCUCGCAGCUCCUAUCGUCUCGGAAUAAGAGUGAGGCCAUCGAAGCAAUGGAUUUCUUUGUUAUGCUUGAUGCAUAUAAAGUCGAAACAUCGCGUAGCGGAAUACGGCGGAUGCUUAGGCUUAUUUGGACCAAAGGCAAUAGCGAUGAGGGCAAAGGUGUCCAAACUCAUUUAAUUGACUGUUACAAAGGCCUCUUCUUCGAAGCGCCGGAUUCAUUCAGCCCAAACGACGCUGCAAAUUAUAUCGCCCGGAACAUGAUCAGUUUGACGUUUGGAUCCACCCCUGCUGAACUGACAUGCCUUGAACAGUUACUCAGUACCAUGAUGAGGGCAGGCCAUAUCUCAGAUGCCGUGAUUGCCAAGCUAUGGCAAGUCUAUGGCGUACAGAAAAAGGAGAUUUCCAAGACUCAGCGUCGAGGGGCUAUCAUCGUUCUCGGAAUGCUUGCUUUAGCCGAUCCAGAAGUUGUUGUUAAAGAAAUUGAAACAAUGCUACGAAUAGGCCUUGGGAACCUGGGGAAAUCGGAUCUCGUGCUUGCAAAAUAUACCUGCGUUGCACUAAGACGAAUGAUCCCUGGCCGCCAAGCCAGGUCUAAGGAGGCGGAGAUUUCUAAACUUGUGAACAGCCACCCUGUCUUGACCAAGCUUGCGGCUAUAGUCGAAGUGGUCUCCGCCAACAAGGAGUGGUAUGGCGUCUCAGAGCAGGCGAUUAGCGCCAUCUAUGCAUUGUCUAAGCAUCCUGAUGUUCUGUGCUCUGACAUUCUCAAGCGGAAGGCGAAGUUUGUCUUUCAACCACAGAUACAACGAUCCCCUUCGAGAGCCUCUGGGGAUGGUGACGAUCAGCGACUUGGGACAGCUUCAACAGACAACAAGGAAUCAAGCGAGAGGCCCACGUCCGCUGCGCUAUCUCAGUUACUUUUCGUGGUUGGUCAUAUUGCCAUAAAACAAAUCGUCCACCUUGAGUUGUGUGAGCUUGACUUCAAGCGUCGCAAGGUGGAACAGGAGAAGAGCAAAGCCAUAACCACCGUGCCCCAGGACAGCACUGAAGCAUCAGAGAAGGAUGAACUUGACCUUAUCGGUGGGACGACUGAAGAUGACUUUACGGAUGCUAUGUCUCACAUUCGAGAGCGAGAGCUGCUUUAUGGGGAAAAUUCACUGCUGUCUAAUUUUGGGCCCUUGGUUACGGAAAUUUGCGCGAAUAACAACAAGUACUCUGAUCGUAGCCUCCAGGCAGCAGCAACUUUGUGCAUGGCUAAAUUGAUGUGUGUAUCUGCCGAAUACUGCGAGAAAAACCUUCCACUCCUGAUAACCAUAAUGGAGCGUUCUGAGGAUCCAAUCGUUCGCAGCAAUGCAGUCAUUGCCCUUGGUGACAUGGCAGUGUGCUUCAAUCAUCUGAUCGAUGAGAAUACAGACUUCUUGUACCGUCGGCUCAAUGACAAUGAUGCCUCAGUCAAACGCACCUGCCUCAUGACACUUACCUUCCUAAUUUUGGCAGGUCAGGUCAAAGUCAAGGGCCAGUUGGGCGAGAUGGCCAAAUGCUUGGAAGAUGAUGAUAAACGAAUCGCUGACCUGGCGCGCAUGUUCUUCACGGAACUAGCGAGCAAGGAUAAUGCAGUAUAUAAUCAUUUUGUUGAUAUGUUUAGCCUACUGAGUGCAGAACGCAACCUGGAAGAAGCUUCAUUGAGACGUAUCAUCAAGUUCCUGGUAGGAUUUGUCGAAAAGGAAAAACACGCCCGCCAAUUAGCAGACAAGUUGGCUGCUCGACUUCCACGAUCUCCGGAUUGGGCGGCUGUGCUUAUAUUCGCUAGGAGGUCAUAUCUUGUUCUGGAGUAA